CGUCAAAUUUAAAAGAUAAUUUGAAAAACGUAUGCUAACUGAAUAAUGUUUUUAACUGCUGUCCAAUGAUGUAAUUAUUUAUAUUAAUUAUCUUAAACUAACCUCAAAAUUAGAUUUCUAGGCAUAUGUUAGCGCAUGAAAUAUGCAAAUUAGAUGACGUAAAGAUGUCGCACAAUAAAGCCUAUUGGAAUUUGGGCGUAAUGUGGUUUUCUAAUGACAAGUUAGUGAUCAGUAUUCAUUUGUUAUGCCUCAAAGGUAUUGAUUGGAAGUGCAAAAGAAGAGGUUAAUUUGUAGACAGGAGGGGAAAGAUCUGAAUAUCCCUGAGUGUUACAUCAAGAACUUAGAACUGUUUUUAAGCAGGAAAUCAGUUAGAAGACAGCCUGGUCAGGGACGCAAAGAACAACAAUUACGUACGAAGACCGUUUUCUGCCAAUGCUGGCUUGAAAUAACUGUGAAGCGAUUACAACACACCAAAUUUUAGGCCUGAAGGCUGUCACAGAAAUUCAAAUCAGCUAUUCAUUUGCUAUAAGAAGGCUUCAAACGAUUGAGUUUUAUAUAAGAAAAAUCUGGUUUAUAUCCCACUCACUUAAUCGUACAAAACGGCCCGUUUAUAGGCAUGUUAUCGUCAACAGAGACAAGAAGAUACUGUUUGCCAAUGUGUCUAGAUACUUCUGAACAGUUAUUCUAAAUGCUUUUUGAUUGGGAAGAAUCGACAGCAGUUUUUCUUUGUUUAUGAGAGAUCUCAUUUCUGUGGAAGCAGUUUCAUCGUUUGAGGUGGAAUAUUUAAACCUACCUCAUCGAGCUAUAUUUCUCUAAUAGAGGUUCUGCAAUCGGUCACAAAUAUAUAGACGAAGUCUUGGAAAUCAAUGUAAGGUUAUUUAAAUAUGCUGUUGGAUAAGAAGUUGUACUGCAUUAAUGCCAAUCUAAUGGAAAGCGACGAGAGAACAAAAGUCACGCCGCGCAAGAAACAAGUAAACGUUGGCUGUCAAACGUUACGAAGUUGUGAUCUUUCAGCACGUGAGCAGCAAAUGGUCUGAUAAAAUUAUCUUCUGGAAUGGUUUGCUAACUAAGGACUUCUGAAAAUUUGCAGUAUGACAAGUACGUUUAUUUUGGAGAUCUAAUCAAUUACACUGCGACUGGCCUUCAACAAGCUUGGCAAGCAUCAGUGAAAUUCGGUAUAAAACCAUUAGAAGAUCUGUCCUUUUCAAAUUUACAACAAAUUCACAUCAACGCAGAAAAUGUGUGUGAAGUUCUGGAAACUGCGCUCUUUAUGAGACAAGAAGAAACUCGACAGAAAUGUCUGAAGAUCGUAGCUAAAGAUACCGAAGCAGUCUUGAAUUCUGUUUCUUUUAUGCACUCUAAUUUUGAGACAGCACUUUGUAUAUUCCAACUGCGUGAUAUGAACAUCAGUAGCGAAGCUUAUCUUUUGCGCGCUGCAAUUGAAUGGCUUCAGCGGAACGACUAUAAUCAAAAUUCCGUCGAGAGAGAAAGAUUGCUUUCCGCCAUAGAAAUAAUGUGCUUACAAAGAGAUGAGUUUCUGGAAGUCGUGAAAACUUUCCCAUCCUUUUUCAGUGACUGUGAAAUAACAAGCAUUAUUUUAAAUAUUCUAAAUUGUAACGCUCGAGAAUUACCAAAUUUUUGCAAGAUUAAAAACAUCAAAAGAAGAACUGCAAAUUCCGAGUUUAAGCCUUACACACCAGAAUUUAAUGAAAAUACCACACAAACAACAAUUUGUACAACGGAAAAUACUGCGCAAACAUCAGUUCUUACAAGAGAAAGAGGCACGCAAUCAUCAUUUCCUGCUAGUAAAAAUGAUAGUCAAACAUCUACUCAUGCAAGAGACACCACCUCGCAAACAACAAAGCUUGAAAAGCAAAUCUCAAGACAAACUGCCAACCGUACAAGGAAAGCAUCCACACAAACUUUAAGUUUUGCAAGUGAAAGCGCUACACAAACAACAGAUCUUAAAUUUGCAGCUAAUCAUGAAGUGGAUGUGAAAAUUGAUUGUACUCCAAAUCAAGUUAUUAUUAACUGCACUAAAGAAGAAUUUACAUUCAAGUUCGGCUUGUAUAAGAGAAGAACUGAGGAGGAAAUUGCGACACAUUUUUGUUUGCAGCAGGAAUCUUCUUCAUGUGUUCAAGAAGAUAAUGAGAUGUUGACUAGGUGUGAAAGUUAUAUUGUUGAGAUAGAAGGAAUGUCGCACUUGAUUGGGUAUAUGAAACAAGGCCUUAAAGAUGUGACUACUAGUUCUUAUGAUAGCUCAGAAACUGGAAAACUAAUAUGCGAAGCCAGGGCCAGCGAAUUUCAGGAAUAUUACAUGGACUGGGUGAAGAAAGUAUCUUAUUCUCGAGAUAAUACGUUUGAAGUCAUUUUUCCAGCCUUAAGCAUAAACAAAUCUGUCCUUGACAGAAAAUGGGAAGCACUAGUGUCACAGCAUCUGCAUACAUUUUUGCAUUCCGACCUUUUUAAAAGUACACCUCCAGAAUUUGUUUUACACGCACUGAAGCAAAAAUUGCUUCCUUUAAGUUCUGAAGCUGAACUGCUGGAAGGUAUAAUCAUAUGGCUCAGUGAACCUAGUAAUAUAUCAUUUCGUGAUGUUUUACUGAACGAAGUGGCAGUAACUUCCCUAACGUUAGGAGAAUUCGAUUAUAUUUGUGAAAAAUACCCGGAUUUUUUCUCUGAAAUGGAACGGCGUGGCCUGAAAAAUCAUAUCCAAUACGGAGACAUGAAUGUACCAUGUUGGUGCGAAACAUCUCGUAAAUCUAAUAAAAUGCUUUCGGUUUUUGAACAAUGGGCAAAAUGUCUUUCUUCAGAUCAGCACGACAUGAACUUGAUUAGAUGUUGCGAUAAAGUUAAUUUGGAUAAAUGUCAUCAGAUUUCACAGGCAGAAGUUACUUUACGUUACGAACCCUUCUCGAUUAACACUCGCUUAAGAUUUCGCUAUUUUAAUUCUUUGGCUGUGAUUAAACUUGGUUUUGGCACUGAUUAUUCCCAAGAUUUUAGGAUCGAACUCUUUUCGAAAACAAAGGAUUUUCCUAAGAAAAUGCUCGGAUUCAAGUUAUAUUCUACUUCCACAAAUUUUUGUUUAGUGUUGUUUAAUCUACUUGAAGCUACCAGUGAUAAAAAUGUUAUUUUGGAUAUUCAUUUUAAAGCAUCCUCAAGAGAAAAAUUAUUUGCCAUCGCUCAGUGGAAUGGAUAUCAUCCAUAUAUCACAAUAAAAGAUGAUAAAAUUCCUUGUUUCCGAAAAGGUGGUGAAUGGAGGUUUAUAAUUUCGGAACUUGUCUUUUUUCCGAGAUGUUUCUUACUUAGAAAUGAUAAUGAUAUGUAGAUCUUGUGCGUCACCCGUCAAAAUAGUCCACAACUAAGUAGCCUGAAGAAAACACCCCAUUGCAAAAUAAUCUAUACAUAACUAUGCGAAUAUCGACUUUUUGUAGCAUUCGACAAAAUUCGACCAGCUUUAGUACCUAAAAAUAAACAAACAUAUUUUCUGUACUUUAUACACAUUUAAAAAAUAAGGCGUGUAUAACCAAUAAAAAAUAAAAUCAGUGUUUAUUGGCACCCGUGUUUCAAGAUUAUUGUGAUACUUAAAUACUUUUUCCUGCAAAACGGGUAACUCUUAUUUAAAUUAUAUAACAAUUAUAAUUUAGAGUAUAGGCCACAGGAUACGAAACUUCUGAAUGCCGCGAUAAUCUAUAUGCGGAAAUUAUUACUUCGGCCGCUUUGAGCUGUUUUGCCGAGGGCUAUUUGAUUGUAGAUUCUUUGCCAUGCGCUAAUAUGUCAGGGUAACGAUCUUGUAAUAUUUACAGAUUGCUUCAUAAGGCUAAAAACAUUUUAUAUAUAAGUGUUGAUAUAUGCCUUUCUUGCACUUUUUAAUAAUCUUCAGGAAUAAAUUUAAGCAGAAAUUCCAUGAUUAAGUUUAAACAUCAUUCUUUGUAUAAAUGUACACUGAUUUAGUUUUCCAGUGAUAAUUUUGUUUACAUUUUGUUACAAAAAAUUUACAUUUUGUUGCAAAAAAUUAUAUUUAAAACAUCUAAAAUGUUUUGUUGUAAUUCGAAAAUUGCGAAGAGAAAUGAUGUAAAGAAAUCUCUACAUAUAAUAAAAGAAAGAGUUUGUCUGUA